UGCCGGUCAUGUCGCUGGGAAGCAGCCUGUCGCGUCUCCUGCGGACGCGAGUGCACUCCGUCCUGACGAAGUCCGUUCACUCGGUGGCUGUGAUCGGGGCCCCGUUCUCGCAGGGACAGAAAAGAAAGGGUGUGGAAUAUGGUCCUGCUGCCAUAAGAGAAGCUGGCUUGAUGAAAAGACUCUCCAGUUUGGGCUGCCAGCUAAAAGAUUUUGGAGAUUUGAGUUUUACUCCAGUCCCUAAAGAUGAUCUCUACAACAACCUAAUAGUGAAUCCUCGCUCAGUGGGCCUUGCCAACCAGGAACUGGCUGAAGUGGUUAGUAGAGCUGUGUCAAGUGGCUAUAGCUGUGUCACAAUGGGAGGAGACCACAGCCUGGCAAUUGGUACCAUUAGUGGCCACGCCCGGCACUGCCCAGACCUUUGUGUGAUCUGGGUUGAUGCCCAUGCUGACAUCAAUACACCCCUCACCACUUCAUCUGGAAAUCUCCAUGGACAGCCAGUUUCAUUUCUCCUCAGAGAACUACAGGACAAGGUCAGUGGGCUAAAACGAAAAGAUUUCUAUGAAGAAUGGGUACCACAACUCCCAGGAUUUUCCUGGAUCAAACCUUGUAUCUCUUCCCCAAAUAUCAUAUAUAUUGGUCUAAGAGAUGUGGACCCUCCUGAACAGACUCCUUCCUUUUUAUUUCAUAGUUUUAUUUUAAAGAAUUAUGAUAUCCAGUAUUUUUCCAUGAGAGACAUAGAUCGACUUGGUAUUCAGAAGGUCAUGGAACAGACAUUUGAUCUGCUAAUUGGCAAACAAAGGCCAAUCCAUCUGAGUUUUGAUAUUGAUGCAUUUGAUCCUACCCUGGCUCCAGCCACAGGAACUCCUGUGGUAGGAGGACUGACCUAUCGAGAAGGCAUGUAUAUUACUGAGGAAAUACACAAUACAGGGUUGCUGUCAGCACUGGAUCUUGUUGAAGUCAAUCCUCAGUUGGCUGCUUCAGAGGAAGAGGCCAAGGCUACAGCUGGCUUGGCAGUGGAUGUGAUUGCUUCAAGUUUUGGUCAGACAAGGGAGGGAGGGCACAUUGUUUAUGACCAUCUUCCUACUCCCAGUUCACCAGAUGAAUCAGAAAGUGAAGAACGUGUGAGAAUUUAGCAAAUUUUGUGUGCUGACAUGUUUCACGAAGGACAUUUCAGAAUUAUGAGGCAACUGAGGAGAUAGAUACUAAUGGUCAUCUGGGUCAAUACUGCCUUAAUGAGAACAUUUGUGCAUUCUCACAAUUGUAAAGUUUCCUUUCCCUCUCCAUCUUGGUGACCAAUAAUACUACUGUAAAUUGAUGUGUUUUUUUUGUUUUGUUUUUUGCAGUUCACAGGGUAUUAAUAUGUUGAAGUACUAUGUAAAUUUAAAGAAGUCAUAAACCGCAUUUAUUACGUUGGUAU